GAGAGGCGAAUGCAGGAAGCAAGCUUGUUCAGUGUGUGUGUUUACAAGCAAGACUGACUUAGUCAGCAAAUACUGCUCUAGCGAGCUUGGCCAAUGAGAAGCUUCCCCAGCCUGCUUGGGAGAUUCAGAGUUGGAGCAGUAUGCAUGCAGUAAUGUGAGGCAGGUCUUCCUUGCUGCCGAUAGCUAAAUACAAUGGGGUCUGGCUCCAGAAAAUACUUGGGUUUCCCUUCCAUGCAGAGCCCUGGAGCCAUCAGAGGACGCAUCUACAAUCUAGCAAGCCCUGACAGCAGGAUCCUUAUGGAAUGAGAAGGCUCUGCAUGAUCCUUCAUUUGAAGAUGAAAUGCUUUUCCCGUUACCUGCCUUACAUCUUCAGACCUCCAAACACCAUCCUCUCCUCUAGCUGCCACACAGAAGGUACAGAUCAUCAAAGGGUAAUGAUGGCGUCAUGGAGGAGCAGAAAACCUGUGGCAGUCAAGAUAAUGAGGAAAGAUGCAAUCAGGGCAGACAUCAUACUCCGGGAGCGACGUGUCCUUGAGAUUGCCAGAAACUGCCCCUUCCUGUGCGAGGGUUUAGCCGCCUUUCAGACUAAGAUGCACACCUUCUUUGUCAUGCCCUACAUGUUUGGUGGCAGCCUGGAUUGGUAUCUUACGAUAAAGCGAUCCCUCCCGACCUACGAGGCAAUGUUUUAUGCUGCAGAAAUAACAUGCGGCCUUCAAUUCUUACAUAAGCGAGGAAUCGUUCACCGGGAUAUUAAGCCGGAUAACAUCAUGCUUGAUGAAGAGGGCCAUGCCAGAAUAUGUGAUUUUGGACUGGUGGCAGAAAACAUCACAGGAGGAGUCCUGGCCCAGGGUAGCACUGGGACUACAACCCACAUGGCACCAGAGGUGGCUGCAGAGAGGAGAUAUGGUGCGUCAGCCGACUGGUGGUCACUGGGAGUUACCUUACAUCAAAUGUUGACCGGACAUCUCCCCAUUUACAUAAAAUUACCUGGGCACAGGUGCUCAUGCUCCAAGCAGCUGCGCUUCUCUCCCCACCUGAGUAAAGAAAGCAAAGAUGUCAUGUCUAAACUUCUAGAGGAAAGCCCCAGACUGAGGCUUGGAGUACGAAGCAACAUCAGGCUUCACCCAUUUUUUGGAGCUAUAAAUUGGAGGCAUUUGGAAGCCAAGGCCAUUCCACCCCCAUACAAGCCACAGAGGGGGCCAGCUGAGAACCCCCUUUGGAAUGUCCGGAAGAAGCAUUUCUCUUUUAUGGAGCCCAUGAAGUAUCACACCUUUUCAGGAGAUAGCUGGUUUAUACCGAACUUGUCUUUCACAAGCUCCAAAUUGAGAGACUAUUGCUAG